CCAGUCUCCCAGAAGACCUCCUGGGUGAUAGGGGCAACGGGAAAUGAGCAAUAUUCCUGGACCACCACCCGGACAGUUGAUCUAGGCACGGGAAGAGUGACUCAUUCCUUCUUAGUAAUACCCGAGUGUCCAGCCCCCCUUCUGGGAAGAGACUUGCUAACUAAAAUGGGGGCUCAGAUCACUUUCACCCCACGGGGGCCGACCCUGACCCAACAUGGAGAGCCAAUUACUCUCUUGACACUCCAGCUCGAAGACGAGCAUCGGCUGUUUGAGAGUAAUGUCCGAAAGGACGAGAGGAUAGCGGGAUGGUUACAGCAAUACCCCAAAGCUUGGGCUGAAACCGCGGGGAUGGGCUUAGCUACCGAACGGCCCCCUGUGAUAGUAGAGCUUAAGUCCACUGCAACCCCGAUUGCAGUACGACAGUACCCCAUGGCAAAAGAAGCCUGGAGGGGGAUCAAGGUUCAUGUCCAACGCCUCCUACGCCUUGGAGUCCUCGUUAAGUGCCACUCCCCGUGGAACACCCCACUCCUCCCGGUAAAAAAGCCCGGAACUGAUGACUACCGACCGGUGCAGGAUUUAAGAGAAGUCAACAAGAGACUGCAUCCUGCCAGCCAGAAUAUUUUCGCCUUCGAGUGGAGAGACCCAGAUUCGGGAAUAACGGGGCAGCUGACUUGGACCCGACUUCCGCAAGGAUUCAAAAAUUCCCCCACUAUCUUCGAUGAGGCUCUUCAUCAAGACCUGGCUGCUUUCCGUGCUGACCACCCGCAAGUCACCCUUCUCCAGUACGUGGAUGACCUUCUCCUCGCCGGAGCUACUAAGGAGGACUGUGAAACAGGUACCGGGGCCUUGCUUUUAGAGCUCUCCCGCCUAGGAUACCGGGUCUCGGCCAAGAAGGCCCAGAUAUGUCAGCGGAGAGUGACCUAUUUAGGAUACGCACUAGAAGGGGGAAAGAGGUGGCUCACUGAAGCCCGAAAAAGCACAGUCACCCAGAUUCCCAGACCGCAGACCCCCCGGCAGGUACGCGAGUUCCUGGGAACAGCUGGAUUCUGCCGCCUCUGGAUUCCAGGUUUUGCAACCCUAGCGGAGCCCCUAUACCCGCUGACAAAACAAGGGAACCCCUUCGAGUGGGGGGAGACUCAUCAGAAAGCCUUUGACGACAUUAAAAAGGCUCUUCUCUCGGCGCCGGCAUUGGCCUUACCAGAUGUGGCCAAGCCCUUCACUCUGUUCAUAGAUGAAAGAAAGGGAGUAGCCAGGGGGGUCCUAACUCAAACCUUAGGCCCCUGGAAGAGGCCGGUAGCCUAUUUAUCCAAGAGACUAGACCCAGUGGCUAGGGGGUGGCCAGGCUGUCUAAGAGCAAUUGCAGCUACUGCCCUGCUUGUAAGAGAUGCGGACAAACUUACCUUGGGGCAGAAACUAACUGUGGUGGCCCCACACACUCUCGAGAGUGUUAUCCGGCAGCCACCGGACCGGUGGCUAUCCAACGCCCGGAUGACUCACUACCAGAGUCUCCUGCUAAGUGAAGAUCGAAUCCGCUUCGGGGCUCCGGUAGCUCUCAACCCAGCAACCUUACUACCGGAAGUAAAUCCUGAGAGCAAAGAAGUCCUACACUCAUGCCGUGACAUUCUGGCAGAGGAAACAGGGCCGAGGAGAGACCUCAAAGAUUCCCCCUUGCCAGAGCCUCAACUCACCUGGUACACGGAUGGAAGCAGCUACCUCUAUGAAGGUAAGAGGGUGGCGGGAGCGGCUGUGGUCAGCAAGGACCGGACUAUCUGGGCUAGUAGCUUGCCCGAAGGGACUUCGGCCCAGAAGGCUGAAUUAAUUGCUCUGACACAGGCUCUCAGGCUGGCAGAGAACAGCCGGGCUAAUAUUUAUACUGACAGUCGUUAUGCUUUUGCCACUGCUCAUGUGCACGGGGCUAUAUACCGUCAGAGAGGUCUCCUCACCUCAGCAGGAAGGGAAAUUAAAAAUAAAAAGGAAAUCCUCGACCUCCUAGAAGCCAUUCAUGCCCCCCAGGAGGUAGCUAUCAUCCAUUGUCCCGGCCACCAGAAAGGGACCUCGGAAACAGCUAUAGGAAACAGGAAAGCGGAUGCCGAGGCAAGGCAGGCCGCUCUAGGGCCCCGGCUACUCGCCCUCGCUGACAAACUAGGAGUGUGGAGAACUGCAGGGGAAAAAAUGGUAGUACCAAGGGCGGCAGCCACUGCCUACCUCCAACAACUGCAUCGCCUUACCCACCUGGGGGCCAAACACCUCAGCUCCACCAGCCGGGCAACGGGACACUAUGUCAAAGGACUCGAUCGCCUUUCAGAAGAAGUAGUUAAGCAAUGCAAGGCGUGUCAGCUGGUAAAUGUACAUUCAUCCCAGGUCGGGACCGGACACAGACUCAGGGGAGACCGGCCCGGGAGUUACUGGGAGGUGGAUUUUACAGAAGUAAAGCCCGCCCGAUACGGUUAUAAAUAUCUUUUAGUUUUCAUAGAUACCUUCUCAGGUUGGGUAGAAGCCUUCCCUACCAAAAGAGAAACUGCAACUGUGGUCGCCAAGAAGAUCUUAGAAGACAUCUUUCCACGGUUUGGAAUUCCUAAGGUAAUUGGAUCAGACAACGGUCCAGCUUUUGUUGCCCAGGUAAGUCAGGGAAUGGCCAAGAUACUAGGGGCGGAUUGGAAAUUGCAUUGUGCUUACAGGCCCCAGAGUUCAGGUCAGGUAGAAAGAAUGAAUAGAACAUUAAAAGAGGCUAUGACUAAAUUGUCCUUAGAGACUGGCGUGGCAGACUGGACGGUCCUCCUUCCCUUUGCCCUUUUCCGCGCGCGAAACACCCCAGGCCCCUUGGGGGUGACACCGUUCGAGGUUUUGUUUGGGGCCUCUCCGCCCCUAGCCGCUGACCCUUGGUCCGUGCCCACAGACACUCACACCCCUCAAUCCCUGCUUGCCAGGCUGAAGGCCCUCGAGACUGUCCAGAAGGAGGUGUGGACUCCCCUGGCCGCCCUCUACCAACCAGGAGAACUGCAAGUCCCCCACCAGUUCCAGGUCGGAGACUUUGUGUACAUCAGACGCCAUCGGGCCGCUAAUCUCGAGCCGAGGUGGAAGGGACCCCACCUGGUGUUGCUGACAACCCCAACAGCGGUCAAGGUAGACGGUGUAGCUGCUUGGAUCCACGCCUCCCACGUCAAGCGGGCACCCCCAUCAGACGACACCGAUCAUGGAUGGACUGUGGAGAAGACAGACAACCCUCUCAAGCUACGGAUU